UCGUAGCUGCUGCUUUCAUCUAGUCCUGGUCCAUGUAGACAAACAGAAACGCCAGACAAGGAGUCUGUUGAAUUUGGUAUGGUUAGACUUUAUAUUUUUAGUACGAAAGUGAUUCAGAGGUAGAGACGACGAAUUUUGCCGCAACGAUGUGGAUCACUCCAGAGGAGGUGUUGCUUGCUAAUGCACUUUGGGUUAGCGAAAGGGCAAAUCCCUUUUUUAUUCUUCAACGUAGAAAGGGACAUGGAAAAGGAGGUGGCAUCACUGGCCUUUUGGUUGGGACAUUGGAUGUUGUGUUAGACUCCAGUGCCCGUGUUGCUCCAUAUAGAAUCCUACACCAGACUGGAGAUUCCCAGCUUUUCUGGAGUAUUGCCUGUGGCUCAUCUCGCAAAGAGAUUACAGAGCACUGGGAGUGGCUGGAGGCUAAUUUACUGCAGACUCUAUCUACUUUUGAUAAUGAUGAUGAUAUCACCACUUUUGUGAAAGGCAAGAUCCAGGGCAUCAUUGCCGAGGAGAACAAGGGCCGCCAGACACAGGAAGAUGAGGAUUGUGGAAAGUUUCGUGAGGCGGAGCUGAAAAUGCGGAAGCUGUUCGGAAUGCCAGAAGAGGAGAAGCUGGUGAAUUACUACUCAUGCAGCUACUGGAAGGGCAGAGUGCCGCGGCAGGGCUGGCUGUACCUCUCCGUCAAUCAUCUGUGCUUCUACUCCUUCUUGCUGGGCAAAGAGGUGACGCUGGUGGUGCAGUGGACAGAUGUAACUCAGCUAGAUAAGAAUGAUACCCUGCUGUUCCCAGAGAGCAUACAUGUGAACACCAGAGACACUGAGCACUACUUCUCCAUGUUCCUCAACAUCAAUGAUACCUUUAAGCUGAUGGAGCAGCUGGCUAAUAUCGCUAUGCGGCAGCUGCUGGACAACGAGAGCUUCUCUGCUGACCACUCCCUCCCCAAGCCGUGCAAGACCCUCAGGAACGUCUCUGCACUCAAGAGGGACUUGGAUGCACGGGCAAAAAACGAACGCUAUCGAGCUCUGUUUCGCCUGACGCAAGACGAGCGUCUGGAUGGUCACACGGACUGCACUCUGUGGACGCCCUUUGCUAAGAUGCAUGUCGUCGGACAGAUGUUUGUCUCCAACAAUUAUAUUUGCUUUGCCAGCAGGGAGGAGGACCUGUGUCAACUCAUUAUACCACUCAGAGAGGUGUCAAUAGUAGAAAAAGCUGACAGCAGCAGUGUUUUGCCCAGUCCGCUGUCCAUCAGCACUAAAAAUAAGAUGACUUUCUUGUUUGCCAACCUCAAAGAUCGGGACUUCCUGGUUCAGCGAAUAUCAGACUUCCUGCAGCGCACUCCUGACAGGCUCUGUGGUCUGACUGGGCAAUCUGAAACUCCAAGCCCCAGCACCCCCCCUGCUUUGCCGCCAACCCCACCAGUGCUGGGAAUGGGAGAGCUCCCUCAGGGCCGACACUACAGCUCUAGCCUCCCUACUGCCAAAAACAGCCUGCUCCACAUCUACCAAAAGGACCUCCCCGAAGACCUGGGCCCCAAAGCGACCAAAGAGAAGAUGAAAGAAGAGUCCUGGAAUAUCCAUUUCUUUGAGUUUGGGCGAGGGGUGUGUAUGUACCGCACAUCCAAGACAAGAGACCUAGUCCUGAAAGGUAUUCCUGAGAGCCUGAGAGGAGAGCUGUGGCUGCUUUUCUCAGGUGCUCAGAAUGAAAUGGCGGCUUACCCGGGUUACUACGCAGAGCUGGUGGAGCAGGCGAUGGGUCGAUGCACGCUGGCCACAGAGGAGAUUGAACGAGACCUACAUCGCUCUAUGCCUGAGCACCAUGCCUUCCAGAACGAGAUGGGUAUCGCUGCUCUUCGACGGGUGCUUACUGCAUAUGCCGCCCGCAAUCCGGGCAUUGGCUACUGCCAGGCCAUGAAUAUAGUAACCUCUGUGCUGUUGCUCUACUGUACUGAAGAGGAGGCGUUCUGGCUGCUGGUGGCCUUGUGUGAACGGAUGUUGCCCGACUACUACAACACUAGAGUUGUAGGAGCGCUUGUCGAUCAGGGCGUAUUUGAGGAGUUGACACGCGAGUGCUUGCCUCUGCUGUAUGAGCACAUGCAGGAUCUGGGCGUGAUCUCUACCAUCUCCCUGUCGUGGUUCCUCACACUCUUCCUGUCAGUCAUGCCCUUUGACAGUGCUGUGCUACUCGUUGACUGCUUCUUCUACGAGGGCAUCAAGGUUAUCUUCCAGGUGUCUCUGGCUGUGCUGCAUGCUAACAUGGAGCAGCUGCUAGCAUGCACAGAUGAGGGAGAGGCUAUGACCAUCCUGGGAAGAUAUCUGGAUAAUGUUGUGAACAAGCAGACUGUAUCCCCGCCUAUCCCACACCUGCAUGCCCUGUUGACCAGUGGUGAUGAGCCACCUCCUGAGAUUGACAUCUUUGAGCUCAUUAAGACAUCCUAUGAGAAGUUUGGCAGUCUGCGUGCUGAUGUCAUUGAGCAGAUGAGAUUUAAGCAAAGGUUAAAGGUCAUCCAGUCUUUGGAGGACACAGCCAAGAGAAGUGUGGUAAGGGCCGUCAUGACCGAGUCAGCUUUCACCAUUGAGGAGCUGGAGGAGUUAUAUGUUCUGUUCAAGGCCAAGCACAUAAUGAGCUGUUACUGGGGUGCGAGCAGCACUGCUGCUGAGCGCCAUGACCCCAGCCUGCCUUAUCUGGAGCAGUACCGCAUUGACUGUGGCCAGUUCAGCCAACUCUUCACCACACUAGCGCCUUGGAACUGCGGCCUACACACCAUCUCACUCGCUGCCCGCCUCUUCCGUUUGCUCGACCAUAACAAGGACUCUCUCAUCAACUUCAAAGAGUUCAUCACAGGCCUCAGUGGAAUGUAUCAUGGUGAUAUGACUGAGAAACUGAAGUUGCUCUACAAAUUACAUCUGCCUCCAGCCUUAUGCCCUGAAGAAGCAGAGUCUGCACUUGAGGCCACUCAGUUCUUCACUGAUGAUGACAUGCCACAGAAUCUUGCCUCCUUGUCUCAUCUGGACUUCCUGGUUCAGGAAGUGAUCUCAGGCGAAGAAGUGAAAGAGGCGAAGGAGGCAGCUGAUGUCGGAGGAGACUCCGAAGAGAAGAAAGAAGAGAAAGUGAAGGACUAUAAAUAUUACCUGAGAAUGUGGGCUAAAGAGAAGGAACCAAAGAAGGAAACUAUCAAAGACCUGCCUAGAAUGAACCAGGAGCAGUUUAUUGAGCUGUGCAAGACGCUCUAUAAUAUGUUCAGUGAAGACCCUCUAGAGCAGGAGCUCUAUCAUGCUAUUGCUACAGUGGCCAGCUUGCUACUACGUAUUGGAGAGGUGGGCAAGAAAUUUACCAACAACGGCAGCAAGAAGUCUGACCUCCAGCCUCUGGCAGGGGAAGUGAACCCUCAGCCAGACAAAGAGGAUUCUUCUGGGGAGGCUGGGUCUGCACAGUCCCUGGUAUCGAAAGCCCUGGCAGAGGCCCAGCUUGAGACCCCACCGCAGCCAACGAAUGGCUCAGACGAGGAGGCCAAGGAUGACACGUCGAUCUCGUCGUACUCUGUCGUUAGCACUGGCUCUCUGCAAUGUGAAGAUAUUGCAGACGACACUGUUCUCAUUGGUUGCGGAGGGGGAGUGGCCGGUGCUGGAUGCGGAGGUGAUUGCAGGCGAGGCAGUGCGGUGGAUGCUGAUUGGUCGAUCUCAUUCGAGCAGGUGCUGGCAUCAUUGCUAACAGAACCGGCUUUGGUCAACUACUUUGAGAAGAAACAUGACAUCAGAAACAAGAUGGCCGUCUGUAAGACCCAGAGAGCCGUAGAGAGGCAGAUCAGUUCAUCCAGUGACCAUGAGUUAGCUCAUCUCACCUGAGCGCACACUAACGCACAGGUUUGUAAAGAUGUAGACCAAGCAUGCAUGUCUCUUGAAUGUUUGUUCAAGGCUCAAUUACUGUGUACAGAGAUUUUACUCAUGACCUAGUCCAUUAAUGGUCACACUCCAUUCAUUGCCUUCUCACCAUUAAUGGUCACACUCAUUCAUUGCCUUCGCACCAUAAGUGAGUAUCUACGUUGGCACAUUUUGCUCUUUUAGUCUUUGUCCUCCCAGGUUGAAUUGUGAGCAUCGUUUGCCUACUGUUUGCCUUAGUGGUCUGCUAAGCUGCUGCACCUGGGUUUCACACAGGCUAACAUUUAUAUUGUUUUGGCUUUACCAACAAUGAGGUCAGUAUUGGUUAAUAGAGUUGACCAUUGGAACAGAUUACAGCAUGUAAUCGUAAAUUCUAUAUAGAUGUUUCAGUUUUGUGUCAAAUCCAACACUUGAAAUAAUUAGCCAUAAAAUAAGCAUGCGGCAUUUUACCAAGACUCUGUUGUUCAAUUCCAAGUUUUUGAUUUGAAUGUUAAGAAUGGUUGAUUAUAUUCCAUAUUAUGUUCCAAGUUUCAAUUUGUCCUGUUCACAUAUUGUCCCCUAUUCAGGCAGCAUGUUUUAUGAGCAUUCUUUGAGAAAAUGGUGUUUGAACUACAAUUCCUACAAACCCUGUUUCUUUUUUUGACUGAAGCAACACUUUCAGCUUUGUCUGAGGGUCUUCAAUUUGUGUCCCCUUGUCACAUGUGGGUAUUGAUGGCGAGAGAUGACAUGAUGCUUUGCAUUCUUUUAAUUAUUGUUCAUUGUAAUUAAAUCUUUUGUUAGAAGUUCAGUACCCAGCAGCGUGAAUAGAAUCCUUCAGAUUUCACAGACUAGCUUUUAUUUAAUUUUAAAUAUUUGUUGCAUAUAGGUUCUUUUUAUCUGUAAUAUUUUCACAACACUAGCACAUUAGGCAAAUUCAAUCACAAAGCUAUUAUUUAAACAAGUAUGAUGAUUUUGCUAAUUACAAUUGCAAAAAUUCACUACUGUAUUGCCUACAUAUUAGCAAGUUAGAACUUGCCAGUUGGCCAAGCAGAACAAAUCAGGUUCAGUUCCCUGUUUCUCAGCCGCUUGUCCUGAUGGACUUUGGCGAUUUUCUAACUAACUUGACUGACACAGUAUCCUAGACACUUUAUCAUUGCAAUUACUAAUUACCAAAUUUAAAGUAUAUGUAACAUCUGUGUUAAGCACUUGAUAUAGUUUUCAUAAGCUGUUAAUAGAUGGCUAUUUUCUUAUGAAAUUAUUUUAUUGUUUAUAUAUAAAGAUGUUUUUCACUCACAUUUGCGCAAUUCUUUACUUUUUUUUCAUCCAGUAGUUGAUCUUUUAUUUACCUUUGUAUUAUAUAAAUAGCUUUAAGAAAGGCCUCACUGCAAGUCAAACAGGUGUUUUAAAUGCCCCCAAAUGUAGGCCUUACUUUACAGCCCUUAACCUGAUGAAGCCUGAUUUGAGGCCAACAGUGGCUACUGUUUUCCAAUGUCCUCUUCUCAUAUUGACAUUCCUGAUGUAGGCUUCUGCUACAAUUCAUAUUUGAAUCAAACAUUACCAGUCUGAACAUGUGAACAGUCUGUGCACCUACAAGUCAAGUCACCUGGCACUUCACUCCACUGAAAUGUAGCAUCUCUCUCCCUAGCCUAAGUGGUAUGGCUUGUCAAUGGAAAUAAUUGCAAGCGUCAUGUUUUGCAAUGAUGUUUGGACCUAUUUCAAGUUGGAGUUGAGUAGAUUUUUAUUCGCUCUAAUAAGAAGUCAUCCUAGUUUCCAGAUUGCUGCAUAGCUCAGAGCUCUAAUAUCUACCUUCUUGUUUAGCCCUACUGUAUAUCCAGUCCCUCAGGUAUUGCCUGCUGAUGAGUUGAGCUACUGGCAAAAAUAUUUAUUCUAGAUAAAGCUUUCUAAGACAGGAUGGACUAUGGAGGAGUUGAGAGUCUGAAAAAAGCAGUAGUUAAAUUAUGGUCCAUUGGAGAGGGUUUGGGCAAAUUGAGUUUUUAAAAAAAGCCUGCCAUAUACUACAUAGUAAUAUUCUGUAUAUAUUCAAUCCAUGGGUUCGCUAAGCAUGUGUAAAUGUGCAGUGUAACCAGAUCCAUACUAUUAGGCACCACUGCGUCCCAUCUCGUGCCUGUGGCCUGUAGUGUAAAUAGUUUUCACCAAACCUUGGUGAGUGAAUGCUACUUUCUUUCCAUGCUGCUCUGUGAAAAGUAAUCAGCUAAAUGGCGUAAUGUACAAACUAACAUGUUUACUUCCUCCUGAAUUUCACAAAAAUGUUUUAAGUUUGUCUCAGUGAAAAACUAUAGUUCUCCUAGUAUACUUAUGGUAUUUAAUGCACAUACUGGUUAUUUACUCAUAGUAAAGUCUGUUUUUAAAAAUUGUCAUUGAACUGUGCUGUAUUAUACUGUGUAAUAAAUGAUGUAUAAGCAAA